GUCCAAUAUCAUUGCAAAGAUCAUGCAUUGCAGGUCUGUGCCAUCGAAUUAUCAGACAGGAGUUCAUUAUUAAUUAAAGUCCACCUUUUAAUCUUAUCUUGCUAUUUGACCAGUUUUGCAACCAAAAUAUAAUGUAGGAAAGUGGAAGCACAAAUAAUUGCCACAACUCGAGCAACACCCUUAACUAAACUUGUGUGUCUGAUUGCAUAGAUUGUGCGUUCGAUUGAAGCAGGAUUUUUUUUCAUCGACUGAAUUUGCAUGCCACAAUGAAUCCACGUAUCGUGAUUAUUGGUGCCGGUGCAUCCGGUGUGGCUGCUGCCACCCGGUUGAUUGAGAAAGGCUACCGAAAUGUGACUGUUCUCGAAGCGGAGAAACGCCUGGGCGGACGGAUUCACACCGUACCCUUUGCCGCUAAUGUUAUCGAUUUGGGGGCUCAGUGGUGCCAUGGGGAAGUGAAGAACGUCGUCUAUGGACUGGGUUCACGAUUUAACGUCUUCGAUAGCAACCGGGCGAGGUAUGAAAACUUUCCGCUGACCAAAUCUAAUGGCCAGGAAGUGCCCCGGGAGGUCAGUGAAAAGCUGAUAAACUUGAUGUGGACAAUUUUGGAAACGUACAGAAACGAGCUGAGCCAGCACCGUGGUUCGUUGGGAUCGUUUAUUAUGGAAAAGUUUGCCGCCUUGCUGCAAACGGACGAGUACGCUGACAUUGACCAGACAACGGCGUACCAAUUUUUGGAAUUUUUCCACAAAUUUGAAAAUUCCAUCGAAGCAUCGGACAGCUGGUUCGAUACUUCCGGUCCGGGCUAUCUGCACUACUGGGAAUGUGAAGGAGACAUGCUGUUGAAUUGGAAGGAUAAAGGAUACGUUACUGUUCUGGAUAUCUUGAUGAAACGCCACCCGUUUACAACGGCAGACUGUGAACCCAUCAACCUGGAAGACUAUACCCAAUUCAGCAAAAGUGUUGCCAACAUUUGCUGGAAUUCAGGGCCGGACAGUUUGGCUUCGAUACGGUGCGUCGAUGGUUCGGUCUACGAUGCCGAUCAUGUGAUUUGUACCGUUUCGUUGGGUGUUCUUAAGGAAAAGUAUGAGAGCAUGUUUUCACCGGAACUUCCUGCUAUUAAAAAGAAUGCCAUCCAAGGACUGACUCUGGGAACGGUGGACAAACUUAUGCUGGAAUUUAAGAAACCGUUUUGGCCAAAGGAUUGGCAAGGCUUGAGUUUGUUGUGGAACAAGGAAGAUUUGGAGGAAAUUCGGAAAUCACCCAACAGCUGGAUAGAGGACGUUUUUGGAUUCUACCCCGUCGACUAUCAACCGAACGUGCUUUGCGGUUGGAUAUCCGGCAAGAGCGCACGCCGCAUGGAAAGAUGCAGCGAGGAGGACGUUCGGAAGUGCUGUCUGUAUUUACUGAGAAAAUUUAUGAAAGAUUCAACCAUUCCAGAGCCAGUCUCCUUCAAACGGUCUCAAUGGUACAGCAACCCGAACUUCCGUGGGUCGUACAGCUUCCGUUCGAUGACAACGGAUCUGCUGAAUACUUCGGCGGAGCAUUUAGCCUUACCGUUGACGAAUGCUUGCGGUAUCCCGAUUGUACAGUUUGCUGGUGAAGCUACCCACAGCCAUUUCUACUCGACGGUGCACGGAGCCAUUGAGAGUGGAUGGCGGGAGGCGGACAGGUUAAUAGGACUGUACGAGAGAGUUCUUACUAACGACUUUGAUAAAGGGCCAAAGGCGUACGUUGACGUAUUGAUACUUGGUGCCGGCAUGUCAGGACUGGGUGCAGCCAAGGCCUUGCGGGAGUCGGGAAAGAGUUUUGCCCUGCUGGAGGCACAAUCUUGCGCAGGUGGACGCAUCAGAACGGUAUCGAUGAAGGGACUUGGAGACUUUCGGGGCCCGCGAGUAGAUGCCGGUGCCCAAUGGUUGCACGGAAAACAGAACGAUUUGCACGAUAUAGCCAAGAUGAACGGGUUAUUGAGGGAUGAGUUAUCAGAGGAAGGUUUGGGACAGUACCUUAAGGAUGAUGGAUAUCGAAUAGAUGAUUUUUUGGUGAAAAGGGUAGACUUUUUAGUUGGACAAAUUUUAGAAGACUGCGAACAAUUCGCUCAAAAAGAUAGUGUUCGAUUUCCUGCAUCCGUAGAAGAGUUUCUUAGAAAAGAAUUUGAAAAACGAUCAAAAGACUUAUUUACUGAUGCGGAGUUACUAUUAGCGCAGCAAUUGCUGGAUUGGCAUAUUCGGUUCCAGAUCAUAGAUAACUCAUGCAUCAGUUUGUCGGACGUCUCGGCCAAACUCUGGGGAAGCUAUUCCUUCAAUGGAGAGAGUUGCCAAGCUCACAUCAACAUGAAACACGGUUUUCAGGCGUUGGUUGACUGUCUAAAAGAGGACAUCGGACAGGAAAGGAUAAUCUACAACAAAGAAGUAACACAGAUCCGGUGGAGAGAUCUUGAAUCACGCGUAACAGUCAUUUGUUCCGAUGGAACUAAAUACAUCUGCCAACACCUUAUAGUAACGUUCUCCUUAGGAGUAUUGAAGGUUUCCCUCAACAAACUUUUUCUGCCACCACUCCCCAAAUCGUAUCGAAGGCCAAUCCUGAACAUCGGCUUCGGUACUAUUGAUAAAAUAUUUCUUCAGUUCGAUCAACCUUGGUGGGGCGAAGCCGAAGGAAUACAACUGAUAUGGAAAGACAACUGCAUGGACGAAAAUGCCCACUGGACAAGAUUUAUUUCGGGGUUCGACGUUAUGAGCCCUGGCCCCUCAAAUACUCUUCUCGGUUGGGUUGGAAGCCAUGGGGCGCUUGAAAUGGAAAAGCUAUCCGAUGAACAGAUCGUUGAGGACUGCCUUUUCAUUUUGAAGAAAUUUACCCGGAAAACUAUCCCCAAACCGGUUAGUUUUUUCUGCACCCGAUGGCACUCCAAUCCAUUCAUCCAAGGUUCCUACAGCUACACCUCGGUCAACUGUGACUACGAAACGCGUUAUUUGGAAGCGCUAGGAGAGCCCCUAGCUUGUGAUGCGUACCAUCCGAUAAGCGGGGAACGGAUUAGCAGCCCCAGUAAUAGUGAUGGUCAUAGUCAAGCUAUCAAAAAUGGCAAACUUGAAAUAUCGUCGUCUGCCACGAUCAGAUUCGCCGGGGAAGCAUGCCACGAGCGAUACUUUUCCACCGUCCAUGGUGCGUUCCUGUCCGGGAUGGAGCAGGCCCGGAAGUUGCUUGAAAACUAGUUUUUUGUUUGUUUCGGCAGUAAAACCAAAAUU